CGGUGACGUACUUCCGGUUAACUGUCAAAGUUGGAGGCUUUGAGAAGGAAAAAAAAACCAACAACGGACGAGUUCAGUUCACUAACACUGCUGACCAAGGAAGCCAUCAGAAAUGUCUUUUCUAUUUGAUUGGAUCUACAGGGGCUUCAGCAGUGUCUUGCAACUAUUAGGGUUGUACAAGAAGACUGGGAAGAUGGUUUUUCUUGGACUAGACAAUGCUGGAAAAACAACGCUCCUGCAGAUGCUCAGGGAUGACAGGCUGGGACAGCACAUGCCGACGCUAUACCCAACAUCCGAGGAGCUGACAAUAGCUGGAAUGACUUUUACGACAUUUGACCUUGGAGGUCAUACGCAAGCACGAAGGAUCUGGAAGAACUACUUCCCAGCCAUAAACGGUAUCGUGUACAUGGUGGAUUGUGCUGACCAUAUGCGACUAGCAGAAGCAAAAGUUGAACUGGAUGCCAUGUUAACAGAUGAAACAAUUGCAAACAUCCCCGUUCUAAUCCUGGGCAAUAAGAUAGACCGUCCAGAGGCCAUCAGUGAGGAUGCACUCAGGGCAGUACUUGGUCUUCAGGGGCAUACAACUGGAAAGGGCAAAGUGCCGAUGAAGGAGCUGAAUUUGAGGCCAAUGGAGGUGUUCAUGUGCAGUGUGCUGAAGCGACAGGGAUAUGGAGACGGUUUUCGCUGGCUUGCCCAGUAUAUCGAUUGAUUGACAUUUUUAUAAUAGCCUUAACCAGAUUUGUUCCACACAAAACUACCUGCAGUAGAGAGAUUUUAUUAAAUAUGCUAGUACAAAAUAUGUUUUGUAUUUAAAAGCCCAGCAUUAUUCAUCUGUUUGAAGAAUCCUGUAUUUUAUCUCAGUCGUACCGCAGCAAGUCAAAGAUAAGUUAUGAAUCAUUGGCCUGUAUUAUUCAGACUGAGUGUGGAGAAAAGCUCCAUGCUGUGGUUCUUCUACCUUUACCUAAAGCCUGUAGGGAAUUGUUUCUGCCGUGUAGGACAUGCCAUGGCUGUGAACUUGUUUCAGACCCGGGUGUAUUUUUGGCUGCUGGUGUUGGCUUACAGUGAAGGUCAGUGUAGUUAACACUGUGUGCUUAGAGCAGCUCUUCUUUGAUUGAGGAUGAAACAUUUUUGUUGGCACGUAUGCACAUUAUUUAUUCUGUUUUAUUUUUUUUCUUUCAAUUGAUCGUUUUCAAAAACAACUUUUUUUUUUUCCUAGAAAGUGCUGCAAAAAUGUGUUGCUGUAAUUGUUAAACUCAACUUGCAAGCCUACCUCGGAGGAUGCUGACAGUUCUUGUGAUAGUAUGUUUAUUUUAAGUUUUACAUUUAGGUUUACAAACACGGCCACUAACAUUAAUGUUACUACAAGUGCACUGACUGACUUUUUGCCUAUACUAGAUAUUUACGCCAGCCAAACACACGAUAGGUGACUGCACUGAAAAGACUUGAGUACUUUGUGAUUGGUUGCUGCUAACAGUACGCAGUGAUUUAUGAGAGUACUUGGGUGGUGAUUAGCAAAAAAAGCUUAUACAGUAUUUUUGGAUAAAAUUAUCUUAAAACAUUAUAAAAUAUUUUAUAAGAGUGUAUUUAUAUUUUGCAAUAAAAAACUGGCCUGUCUGUUACUUCGCAUUGUUAAUGCUUGAUAUAUCUCAUACAAAAAAGAUGUCAUGUUCUUGUUGGGUGUGUUGUGCAAUAUUUUAGCAAAAUAAAUAUAUUUGGUAACUCUUUAA